CCCUCAGAAGGAGAGUGGUGCGGCCUUUGGGACAAAUUAGACCUACCGUUUUACUAGAAGUUCUGCAAUCUUGCUGGUCAAAAAAUCUGCGAUGGCUGACAAUGCUCUUUACGAAAUCCUUGGUGUUCCAACCAAAGCCUCCGAUGCUGAACUCAAAAAGGCCUACAGAAAACUAGCCAAAGAGUUCCACCCUGACAAGAAUCCUGAGGCUGGUGAGAAGUUUAAAGAGAUCUCAUUUGCCUAUGAAGUCUUGUCUGAUCCAAAGAAGAGAGAAGUUUAUGACAGACAUGGACUGAAAGGAUUGCAAGAAGGUGUACAUGAACAUGGUGGUUUUGGUGCAGAUGAUAUCUUGUCCCAUUUCUUCGGUGGUGGGUUGUUUGGAGGUAUGGGAGGUGGUCGUCGAAAGACUCGCCAAAGAGGAGAAGAUACUGUGCACCCUCUCAAAGUGACAUUGGAAGACCUCUACAAUGGAAAGACAUCCAAGCUCCAGUUGAGCAAGAAUGUCAUUUGUGCUCUUUGCAGUGGGCAAGGUGGCAAACCUGGAGCCAAUGUUACUUGUGCAACCUGCCAAGGUCGUGGAAUAAAAAUUUCCCUGAGACCACUUGGACCUGGUAUGAUGCAACAGAUUCAGUCAGUAUGUUCAACCUGUAAUGGAGAAGGCGAGAUGAUCAACGAGAGAGAUCGCUGCAAGGCUUGUAAAGGCAAGAAAGUACAGAACGAAACCAAAAUUUUGGAAGUUCACGUUGACAAAGGCAUGAAAGAUGGACAGAAAAUUCUGUUUCGCGGUGAAGGUGAUCAACAGCCCGGAGUUGAAGCUGGCGACGUAGUGAUAAUUUUGCAACAGAAACCCCAUGAAAAGUUCAAGCGACAAGGAGACGAUCUUUGCGUGAUGCACACUAUAACUCUGACUGAAGCAUUGUGUGGGUUCUGCUAUGUGUUGAAGCAUCUCGACGGCCGUGAUUUGGUGAUCCGACAAGCACCAGGAAACGUAGUCGAACCCGGUAGCACUAAGAUGGUGCCCGGCGAAGGAAUGCCUCGUUACCGCAGUCCUUUCGAAAAAGGAGAGCUGUUUAUUAAAUUUGACGUAGAGUUCCCUUCAAGCCAUUUUGCUGAUGAAUCAACAAUUAUGGCGAUCGAGAAACUUUUACCCGGACGACCCUCAGUCAUUCCACCCUCUGGAGAGCACGUCGAGGAGGUUGACCUUCACGAUUACGACGCCAAUGAACGCCGUGACGGAGGUGGCGGACCCAGCAACGCUUAUGAUUCUGACGACGAAGAAGGAGGUCCAUCAGGACCAGGUGUACAGUGCGCCCAUCAGUAGAUUCACAAGCGAAAACAAGUCGAUCUUGUUUUUCGUAUUCGGCUAUUCCCUUUCCUUUAUAACCAAAUUUCAAAUCUUGAAUUAUCUUAAGUUGAAAAACAUUUUCCUCGACUUUAAAAAAAAAAAAAAAUUGCUUGUCGUUCUGAAAACAUUUGUUCGUCCAGUGUAGCAGAAUUAAGAAGUGGGGGGUCGACUGUUCACCGUCACGCUGGUUAGGUGAAUCGUUGCCUUUCAUGGCAUAUAGUGAAAGAACAAUCAAGAUUACUGUUUUUCGUUUGAAUUUGUACUCUGGGAAUCUUGGCCCCCCUAUCUCGACUUGACAUCCUCUGGUAAACACGAAAUAAACGAUGUCACUUCAA